AUGGAGUUGAUUGGCGAACUACUUCGGAUGACAAUGUACAGUUAUCAAGUGAAUUUGAAAUACUUCUCAGGAUUUCUCGGAGAAUUCCUCACAGCCCAUAAAAUACCAAUUGAGGAAGAAAAUGAGCCCGUAAUCUCCUGCGCCCAGCUGCGCCUAAAGAUGCCCAAGCCUUCGACCCGAAGGGACCUCUGCAACACCACGAGGGCCAUGAAGCAAGCGGACCACGCCGACUCAGGCGUCAUUCCAAUGCUGGUCGAGUUCAUUCAAGGCCGCGACAAAAUAAAUGAGCAUUUUCGUGAAUCGCGGCCACGUCAAUCGUCGAAAAGUGUCAGGCUUUUCAAAAGGGUUGCCUCUGUUCGUUGGGCGAAGGCUUGCAGAAAGACAGAGAGGUUUUUAGCGAGCGAUGCCAAUCGGCUGGAAGUUGUGUUCCAAUGGCCACAGAUGGCAUCACCUGAAGAGUUGGCAUUUUCGGCACAAGUAAAGCUUCGACAAGAGAGAAAGUUUGAUGCUGCCAACUUAUUGAAAGACGUCUGCAUCCUGGACCUUAGCAUCCUCAUCAGUUACUUUUGCCCCACCUCACCCUAUGGCUCCGCCUUCUUCAAUGAGGCUGACGAAACUAUGGAGGCGUGCGCGGGGGAGCGGAAUCCACCGUGGCACCCGCGGUCGUCGAUGAACCAUGCGGUCGGAGUCGGAGCGCCGGGAGAGUGCCUCCCUUAG